AGGAACGAUAUUGCAUAUCAGGUCAAAGUUCAGGAAACAUUUGUGUAAUUAUCCCCUCUUUAUUUGUGAAUUCACAAUCUGCAUUGCGUUCAUCGAUGACAUGAAGAGAUGAACUAUAACCUAGUCAACUAGUUGUGUAACACAAUGAUAAUAGCCCCAUACAAGAGAGAGAUAGAGAACAGCUUUGCAUGCAUCUAAACUAUUUCUUGAAGGUUGUGAAAAACAAAGAUCACAAACGAUGCUCAUGCCGGCCAGAAUUCUAUGAACCUUCGCGUCUCAACUCCAAUUGUCAAUAUUAGCACAUUCACAACCCUCACCUGUCUUUCUUCUUCUGUUUCUUUCCCUGAUCUUAGUAAGCUCCACCAUCUCUCGGUUUCACACUUCAAAGACAAGGGAAAGAACAGUCAAGCUGUGUAUAUACCCGCGUGGGAGUUUGUGUUCCGGAAACAAGCUAUACCCUUUUUUCAUCUUUGUUGAAGUCACGGAAGAUAACCCAGGUGGGAGUUGCGUCCCGCCCCUGCAAUGGCUUUUUCCGGCCAACCUAGGUGGUGGAUCUUGGGCGCGGCAUUGGUGGCAGUUCUGUGCACCGGAGCCGGCGCCAUCGACAUCUUUCUGGAAUGGCACGUGGCCUUCGACACGACAGCCGAGCCGCUUACUCUUGAUCAACCGGUCAUUACCAUCAACGGGAUGUUCCCUGGCCCGUUGAUAAAUGCGACCACCAAUGAUUUCGUCAACGUCAACGUUUACAAUGACUUGGAUGAACCUCUGCUUUUCACAUGGAACGGCAUACAACAGAGGCUCAACUCGUGGCAGGACGGGGUUUCGGGCACCAACUGCCCUAUACUGCCUGGCACAAACUGGACUUAUGUGUUCCAGACCAAGGAUCAGAUUGGCACUUUCUUCUAUUUCCCCUCCAUCAACUUCCAGAAAGCGGCGGGAGGUUAUGGAGCGAUCCGCGUCAACAACCGUGUGGUCGUCAAUGUGCCCUUCCCCAAACCCGAGACGGAGUACGACCUUCUCAUUGGAGACUGGUAUUAUGACAGCUACAAGUUAAUCCGAUCGGCAAUGAACGACCCCGUGGUGGCAUAUCAAGCAGUCCCCGAUACCAUACUUAUGAAUGGAAAGGGGCCUUACGGUCACCCCUUAUCGAUCUCAUAUGAGUCCUUUAAUGUCACCAAAGGAAAGACUUACAGGUUCCGUUUAUCGAACGUUGGCAAUACAUUUAGUUUGAACUUUAGAAUCCAGAAUCACUCCAUGGUGAUAGUGGAGACGGAAGGGUCCUACACUAACCAAAUCACGGUGGAUUCCCUUGAUGUGCAUGUCGGACAAUCUUACUCGGUCCUCGUAACGGCUGAUCAAGACGAAGCGGAUUACUACAUGGUGGCGACUCCUAAAAUGUUCAGUGUCACUGAUUCAAGCAGCCUUGUGGGCAUUGGGGUGCUACACUACUCCAAUUCUCUCACCCAAGUCGGUGGGCCUUUGCCGGCCGGGCCCGAUCCGUUUGAUUGGAAUUUCACCGUGAUUCAGGCUAGAUCUAUAAGGUGGAACUUGACCACUGGAGCUGCCAGGCCGAACCCACAAGGGACUUUCAAUGUGUCGAAUGUGAGCUUGGCACAGACCUUUGUUCUGCAGAACUCCGUUGCAGAGAUCCAAGGUUCAGCUCGCUAUGUUGUCAACAACAUAUCGUACUACACCCUCAAUACCCCUCUAAAGCUCGCGGACUACUUCCGCAACGGAUCGGGAAUUUAUCAGCUAGAUGAGUACCCAACUAGAUCGGUCAACAAGGACGCUGCAUACGGAGUCUCAGUCGUGUCAGGGAUCCACAAAGGGUGGUUAGAGAUCGUGUUCAAGAACAAUUUGGAUGUCAUGGAUUCUUGGCAUCUUGACGGUUUCGGUUUCUAUGUUGUUGGGUUCGGUCUCGGAGACUGGGAUGAAGGCGCACGUGCCGGCUACAACCUGUACGAUCCCGUGGUUCGGUCAACCACGCAAGUGUACGCAGGAGGGUGGACUGCAGUGUACGCCUUCCUUGACAACCCCGGAAUGUGGAACCUCCGAUCGCAGCAACUCAGGAACUGGUACUUGGGUGAAGAACUCUAUAUCCGGGUCCACGACCCCGACCCGAACCCCGCCAAGGAGCAGCCGCCACCAGAUAACCUCCUCCUUUGCGGAAUAUUUGGCGAAUCUGGUGCUCCUAUUGGUUCACCAGCACCUGCACCAUGGUCAUUAUGGUGAUGAUCAUAUCAAUGGAUUUUAGCAGAACAGACCACGCAACAGAUAAUGGUUUUUCAUGAUUCGAUGUUGCAGCGUAUUUGGUUCCUGUAUGAUCUUGUAAUAAGAGUAAGACGACGACGGAUUUGUAAGGGGGUGGUUCUACCGCCAUUAUUACACCUUUCAUUCUUAGUGAUAGUCCAGGUGACUAUCUUGCUAGAC